AUGGGGGCAGAGAUUCCAAACUUGACUCUUCGGCGCAGAGCAUGGUGCCAUGCUGCCCGCGGCACCGACCACGGCGCGCCAGCGUUCACCACCUCACCUCACCUCGCCUCGCAGGAAGUGACCACCGUGCCGACGAGCCCCAUUGCCGGGCAGAAGCCCGGCACGUCCGGCCUGCGGCAGAAGACAAAGACGUUCAUGUCGGAGCACUACCUGGAGAAUUUUGUGCAGUCUACGCUCGACGCUCUGGUGGCCGAGGGCGUCCCGGUCAAGGGCGGCACGCUG